CGCGACGGGUGGGAGGUGUGGAGGGACCUGCGGUGGGAUCACCGGCUGCGGCGAGAGGAAUACAUCACACGGGGGGUGGAGCGUCUUCACAUGGGAGACCGGGAGAACGAGAACGAGACGGACGAUCCACCGGCGGAAGCAGACGACGACGACGACGAUGACGACGACAACAACGUAGAGUGUGGGGAAGGGGGGGGUGGUCACGCGUCGCCAUCAUUGCAGAGCGACAUGGCUGGUAAGGGUGGGAAGUCCAAGCCUUCUGGCCGCAAUGCUCGUCCGCGGGCGAAGAAAGGGCAAGGAAAGGGGAGCGGUGGCGAAGGCGACGGUGAUGCGGAGGAGAAGCGCAAUUUCUGGUUCGUGGAACACAUUAUAGCCCUCAUAAGGGCUAAAACUGACCAAGAUGCGCAUAUGCAGGGGAUGGGCCACGCAUACGCACGGAUGAAACCGCAGGAAUGGAAAUGGCAAGACGUCGCCCAAAGGUUGAAGAACGUCGGCGUGGACAGGAAUGCGGAGAAAUGCGGGAAGAAGUGGGACAAUCUAAUGCAGCAGUUCAAGAAAGUCCAUCACUUUCAAUCACCGUCAGGGGGUGCCGACUUUUUCCAGUUGACGUCGAAGGAGAGGGCGAGCAGGGGCUUCAAUUUCACGAUGGAUCGCACAGUUUAUGACGAGAUAGAGGGGUCGACUGGGAUGAAGCACACCAUCCACUCGAAGAACGUGGCAGACACCGGUGCGUCUGGCGGCGUGCGCCCGCCUUCGACGUCUUACGUGGAUCCUGAAUCGGUGGCGGACGGGGAAGGAGGUGCAGGGCGAGAAGACGGCGAGGAGGGGUCGACGCGAGGCUCUUCGCAGACGACGGGCACCCCCGACGGUUAUGGGAAAAGAAAGAGCACGAGGCAGCAGACUUUCGAGGCGCUGACGGAAUGCAUGGAGAAACACGGGGAGCUAAUGGCGUCGGCGAUGGAGAGUGCAAGCAAGCGGCAAUGCUCUAUCCAGGUCCGGCAGUGCGAGGCGUUGGAAGCGGAGGUGGAAGUGCAAAGGAAGCACUAUGCCGCAUCAGACGAAGUCAGCAAACUCAUGUGCCACGCAUUGUUGGAAAUAGCAAGGCCAUUCGUGAGCGGCCGAACAACUAGGAAGUGUGUUGUGCAAAUGUGGAGUCCCUUGAAGCCGGGGGCGAGUUGUUGGCUGGUUUCCUGUUGCAGUCGUGUUGGUAGGUGCGCCGUCGUAGUCACGGCGAGGCUUCGUUGGUCGAUCCCUGUACGUUGUUGCGGGUCAUGUAUGGUAGAUCGCCAUUCGUGCAAUUUAGUGUUGUCGUUGUAAAUUACCUGUAGUGCUUAGAAUCUUGGGGACAUAUAGUCCCGUCAUUGCAAAUUUGUAA